UGUUUUGGGGCUUUUCCAGAUAAAAGAAGCUGAAUCAGUGCUGGGCUGUGAAGACGCACAGAGGAGGCUGGACAGAAGAGAAGAUUGCUGGUCUCCUGGGCAGGAAGAGGGACUUCUGUGCUGCUGCUGGGAUCCAUCCUCUGCGCUUGGCACACACUGGCAACCUGCUGGUAUAAUCUCUGCCUAAACUUCACACUUUCUGCUAUUUACUGUGCACUUUUAUCUCUGGGGGCAUUUGCACAUGUGGUACCCUCUAGUGUCAAGCAUCGGUAUUACAAUGCUGUGGGUCUUGGUACUGCUGUCCUGUGGGGUUCCUGCUGCUUCGAUUCCAGCACCUGUUUCCCGGUGUCCCUCUCGCUGUGAUCCAUCCUCCUGCCCUCCAUCACCUACGAACUGCCCGUCUGGAGAGACAGCGCUGCGUUGCGGCUGCUGUACUGUAUGUGCUGCUGAUGAGGGGGAUAGAUGUGGAGAAGGACCAGCAGAUCCUACUUGUGCCUCUGCACUGCGCUGUGUGAAGAGUGGGCUUUUGGGGAGCGCCAGGACUUGCCAGUGUUCAUCUCCCCAGCCUGUGUGUGGGAGCGAUGGGAAUACUUACAGCAGCCUAUGCAAGCUGCAGGCAGAGAGUAAAGCUGUGCAGAAUCAGGGAUCUGCAGCCAUCAUCCCAAUCCAGAGAGGAGAUUGCCAGCUAGGUCAGUCGGAUCCAGACAGUCCUCGCUAUAAGUAUAACUUUAUCGCUGAUGUGGUGGAGAAGAUUGCGCCAGCUGUUGUGCAUAUUGAGCUGUUUCGAAUGUUAAAUUUCUUUGGAAAGCGUGAAGUCCCCUCAGCCAGCGGAUCAGGCUUCAUUGUCUCAGAAGAUGGGUUAAUUCUUACUAAUGCCCAUGUGGUGACAAACAAGCAAAGGCUGAAAGUGGAGAGGAGUGAUGGGUCCACAUAUGAUGCCAAAAUAAUAGAUGUGGAUGAAAAAGCUGAUAUUGCCCUCAUUAAAAUCAAGCCAAAGGGGAAGCUGCCUGUGCUGCAAUUGGGUCGAUCAGAAGAUCUCCGGCCUGGUGAGUUUGUUGUGGCCAUUGGAAGUCCAUUCUCUUUGCAGAAUACAGUCACAACAGGUAUUGUGAGCACGGCACAACGUGGUGGGAAAGAACUGGGCCUAAAAAACUCUGAUAUGGAAUACAUCCAAACUGAUGCUAUCAUAAAUUAUGGAAACUCAGGAGGACCUCUUGUGAACUUGGACGGUGAAGUGGUCGGAAUAAACACUCUGAAAGUCACUGCUGGAAUCUCAUUUGCUAUCCCAUCUGAUAAAAUACGCAAAUUUCUCGCUGAGUCACACAGCAGGCAAUCCGCAGGUCAGGGAAUUAAGAAGAAAAAGUACUUGGGUAUAAGGAUGCUGUCACUGAGUCCUGGCAAAGUGAAGGAGCUCAGGGAACAGCUGAAGGAUUUCCCUAACGUGACGUCCGGAGCUUACAUUGUAGAAGUGAUUCCAGAUACGCCGGCAGAAGAGGCCGGGCUGAAGGAAAGUGAUGUAAUCAUCAGUAUCGGCAGUCAAACGGUGACCUCAAGCAAUGAUGUCAGUGAGGCCAUUAAACAAGAAGGGCCCCUGCGUAUGGUAUUACGAAGAGGAAACGAGGAUGUUGUCAUCACAGUAACACCUAAAGAGAUUAAUUUUUAAUGGAAGCAAUGAGCUGGUUUCAUAGGUCUUCCAAUCAACAGAUAAUAAAUCUAGGCACUGCCUGUCGGAGGACACUGUAUAUAAGCGCUGAGUAAUAAUGUGCCUCAGCCAGAAGAACCCUUUAGCAUUUCAUUUCCAAGCCCUUUGUUCGUGCUUCUUCCUCAUCCCAUCACUGACUAUGGGCCCUAUUCCAAACUAUCAUGCCGGAUUCUGUGUUUUAACUGGACAAAAAAAUUGAAAUGUUAAAAUAAAUAUAACAUUUGGAGAACCCAUGGAUUACA